AACCCAAAGGUGCGGGAACAAGUGGGGCUGGAGCUGAGCUUCGUCAACUCAGACCUGCAGAUGCUCAAGGAAGAGCUGGAGGGGCUGAACAUCUCGGUGGGCGUCUAUCAGAACACAGAGGAGGCAUUUACAGUUCCCCUGAUUCCUCUUGGCCUGAAGGAAACGAAAGACGUCGACUUUUCAGUCAUCCUCAAGGAUUUUAUCCUGGAACAUUACAGUGAAGAUGGCUAUUUAUAUGAAGAUGAAAUCACAGAUCUUAUGGAUCCGAGACAAGCUUGUCGGACGCCCAGCUGGGAUGAGGCCAGGGUGGAACUGCUGAUGACAUACUUCAUCCAGCUGGGCUUUGUUGAGAAUUGAUUCUUCCCACCCAUGCGGCAGAUGGGACUCCAGUUCACCUGGUAUGACUCCCUCACUGGGGUUCUGGUCAGCCAGCAGAACCUGCUGCUGGAGAAGGCCAGUGUCCUGUUCAACACUGGGGCCCUCUACACCCAGACUGGGACCCGGCGCUAUUGGCAGACGCAGGCUGGGCUGCAGAGUGCCAUAGAUGCCUUUCAGAGAGCUGCAGGGGUUUUAAACUACCUGAAAGAGACAUUUACCCAUACUCCAAGUUACGACAUGAGCCCUGCCAUGCUCAGCGUGCUUGUCAAAAUGAUGCUUGCACAAGCCCAAGAAAGCGUGUUUGAGAAAAUCAGCCUUCCUGGGAUCCGGAAUGAAUUCUUCAUGCUGGUGAAGGUGGCUCAGGAGGCUGCCAAGGUGGGAGAGGUCUACCAACAGCUGCAUGCAGCCAUGAGCCAGGCGCCAGUGAAAGAGAACAUCCCCUACACCUGGGCCAGCUUGGCCUGCGUGAAGGCCCAGCACUACGUGGCCCUGGCCCACUACUUCACUGCCAUCCUCCUCAACGACCACCAGGUGAAGCCAGGCACGGAUCUGGACCACCAGGAGAAGUGCCUGUCCCAGCUCUACGACCACAUGCCAGAGGGGCUGACACCCUUGGCCACACUGAAGAAUGAUCAGCAGUGCCGACAGCUGGGGAAGUCCCACCUGCGCAGAGCCAUGGCUCAUCACGAGGAGUCAGUGCGGGAGGCCAGCAUCUGCAAGAAGCUGCAGAGCAUUGACGUGCUACAGAAGGUGCUGUGUGCGGCACAGGAACACUCCCGGCUCACGUACGCCCAGCACCAGGAGGAUGAUGACCUGCUGAACCUGAUCGACGCCCCCAGUGUUGUUGCUAAAACUGAGCAAGAGGUUGACAUUAUGUUACCCCAGUUCUCCAAGCUGACAGUCACGGACUUCUUCUAGAAGCUGGGCCCCUUAUCUGUGUUUUUGGCUAACAAGCAGUGGAUGCCUCCUCGAAGCAUCUGCUUCACCGCAGAAGAAGGGGACUUGGGGUUCACCUUAAGAGGGAACGCCCCCGUUGAGGUUCACUUCCUGGAUCCUUACUGCUCUGCCUCAGUGGCAGGAGCCCGGGAAGGAGAUUAUAUUGUCUCCAUUCAGCUUGUGGAUUGUAAGUGGCUGACGGUGAGUGAGGUUAUGAAGCUGCUGAAGAGCUUUGGUGAGGACGAGAUCGAGAUGAAAGUUGUGAGACUCCUGGACUCCACAUCAUCCAUGCAUAAUAAGAGUGCCACAUACUCCGUGGGAAUGCAGAAAACGUACUCCAUGACCUGCUUAGCCAUUGAUGAUGACGACAAUACUGAUAAAACCCAGAAAAUCUCCAAGAAGCUUUCCUUCCUGAGUUGGGGCACCAAAAAGAACAGACAGAAGUCAGCCAGCACCUUGUGCCUCCCAUCGGUCGGGGCUGCACGGCCUCAGGUCAAGAAGAAGCUGCCCUCCCCUUUCAGCCUUCUCAACUCAGACAGUUCUUCAUACUAAUGUGAGGAAACAAAUACUUUCAGGCCCCAAACAUUUCCGGUGCUGACUCGGCCUUAAACAUUUGUGCCAUAAUGGAAAAUAUCUAUCUAUUUUCAAAUCCUGUUUUUCUCAUAGUGUAAACUCACAUUUGAUGUGUUUUUAUGAAGGAAAGUAACCAAGAAACCUCUAGGAAUUAGUGAAAAAAGAACUUUUUUGAGGCGUGUUACUAUACUGCUGUAAGUUAUUUAUUAUAUAAAGUAUUGUAAAUAGAAUAGUUUUGAAGAUAUGAAAUAUGGCUAUUUUUAAUGGUGACAGUUAUGACUUUUAGUCACUAUUAA